UUCUGACGAUGGCUCGAACUAAACAAACUGCGCGUAAGUCCACCGGCGGUAAGGCGCCGCGCAAGCAGCUGGCCACCAAGGCGGCCCGCAAGAGCGCGCCGGCCACGGGCGGCGUGAAGAAGCCGCACCGCUACCGGCCCGGCACGGUGGCCCUUCGCGAGAUCCGCCGCUACCAGAAGUCCACGGAGCUGCUGAUCCGCAAGCUGCCGUUCCAGCGCCUGGUGCGCGAGAUCGCGCAGGACUUCAAGACCGACCUGCGCUUCCAGAGCUCGGCCGUCAUGGCGCUGCAGGAGGCGUGCGAGGCCUACCUGGUGGGGCUCUUCGAGGACACCAACCUGUGUGCCAUCCACGCCAAGCGCGUCACCAUCAUGCCCAAGGACAUCCAGCUAGCUCGCCGCAUCCGCGGGGAGAGGGCGUGCUGGAAAGAGCAAUGCAUAACAUGGCAAAGAUCCUACUGUGCAGAGCUCACCAACGAUUCUUGUGGGAGACAGAAAAUAAAGAUAAACAGUCUUUUGCUCCCCGGGCAGCAGCAGGCGUACGGCCGUCUGGAUCUCUCUGGACGUGAUGGUCGAGCGUUUGUUGUAAUGCGCCAGGCGCGACGCCUCGCCCGCAAUGCGCUCAAAGAUGUCAUUGACGAACGAGUUCAUGAUACCCAUGGCCUUGGACGAAAUGCCAGUGUCCGGGUGGACCUGUUUCAGCACCUUGUACACCAGUGUUUGCAAUCUCUCAUUAUGGCUCGCACUAAGCAGACCGCUCGCAAGUCCACCGGCGGUAAGGCGCCGCGCAAGCAGUUGGCCACCAAGGCGGCCCGCAAGAGCGCGCCGGCCACGGGCGGCGUGAAGAAGCCGCACCGCUACCGGCCCGGCACGGUGGCCCUUCGCGAGAUCCGCCGCUACCAGAAGUCCACGGAGCUGCUGAUCCGCAAGCUGCCGUUCCAGCGCCUGGUGCGCGAGAUCGCGCAGGACUUCAAGACCGACCUGCGCUUCCAGAGCUCGGCCGUCAUGGCGCUGCAGGAGGCGUGCGAGGCCUACCUGGUGGGGCUCUUCGAGGACACUAAUCUGUGUGCCAUCCACGCCAAGCGCGUCACUAUCAUGCCCAAGGACAUCCAGCUUGCUCGCCGCAUCCGCGGGGAGAGGGCGUAAAUUGGCUUUCUUAAUCGAGUGAUAACUAAAACCCAAAGGCUCUUUUCAGAGCCAAUCACUUGAUCUAUAAAAGGUGCGGUAGUACUUGGUCAUUAAGAGCACAAAUUUCGCGCAGUCCCGAGAGACCUUUGCGGAGAGAGUCUCGGAAUUAAGCUCUUUAAAAAGCCUAUGGUGUUUUUUUGGGGGGG